AUGACCAGCGAAGACAUUCUGUCCGGAAUCCAGGGCAAUAAUCAACAACACGAUUGCGAACUUCGAGAAGGUCCCCCGGGAGAACAAGGACCACCGGGAGUAUGUUCGAUCGAGCAAUGUCGAGAAGCUGCUUUGCCAGGACCCCCAGGACCACCAGGGGAAAAAGGUGACAAGGGAGAUCCCGGACAAUUUGAUGUCAAUGACGAACGAUCUGUAUCCUUCGUACGAGAAAUGGUCAAGAACUAUCUAUCCCUGCCAGAGAUUCACGAUUUGUUCCGUGGACCACGGGGUGAUCCUGGCAAAUGUGUUUGUGAAAAACCAAACGAUAGCCCAUCGGCCAUGGUAUUUGAACGGGAAAGUGAUCUAAGCAAGACAUCACACACAUUGCCCAUCGGAACAAUGGCUUACGUGAAAGAAGUUGACACAUUUUAUUUGAAAACAGGUGACAAAACCAAUACGUGGCGCGUGAUAAGCAUGUUGUAUCUCGUGGCACGAAACGAACGUCUGAGAGGUGAUUUGCGUCAGGGCAAUCGACUAACCGGAGCCCACGCUGGUUCGAUCUACGCCUGCCAGAGAUCUGCAAAUGCGGUUGGCCUAGGCCGAGCAUUCUAUCCACUAAUCAGUACGGAUGUAUUUAACAUGGACUAUGUCGUACCACCAACCUAUCGAUAUGGUGUGCCGCUCGUCAAUGUUAAUGUGAGUCGUCAUUCGCCUUGCCAUCAAAUGCCCCAAUGA